GAAAACAAAAUCUACGUCGGCGAUCUGCCGAGUGAUGCUUCAGAGAAAGAAUUAGAAAGCCAUUUUAGCUCGUAUGGCCGUUUGAGGAAUGUUUGGGUGGCGAGAAAUCCUGCCGGUUUCGCUUUUGUUGAAUAUGAAGAUCACAGGGACGCCGAGGACGCAGUGCGUGGGUUGGACGGAACAACAAUGUGCGGUGUUCGAGUACGUGUUGAACAUUCUAGCGGUAAAGUCAGACCUAAACCUUGGUUGAGAGGUGGUUACAGUCGUGGCUUCAAUCCAGAAGAUAGAUGCUAUGAAUGUAAUGAACGAGGGCAUUAUGCUUAUGAUUGUCGAAAACGCAGUGGCAGAAGUUACAGGUCACGA